AUGGCGUUCGCCGAGAACUCAACAAUACCACUCACCUGGGCCACAGACGGGCCAUCUGCGUAUCUUGUAUCAGCCCUCGGUGGCUUCAUCAAUUCACACAGCCCUGAGCUUGAAUUUCAUGUCCUUAGUGCCCCGCUGCAAUUUGUGCGAUACUAUGGAGCAUACAUUCGAAGCCGUGAGCCGCCGAUCCCAGACUAUGUGGACUUGAUGUUCUCAGGUCUGUUCAUCUUGACCUCGGCCCUGCUCAUAACCAGCCGGGCACGACGGCACUCAAAUAUCACAAGGACGGUCUUCCAGGCAACCAUCCUACAGCACGCUGCUGUAUUCAUGCUUGGUUACUGGUGGACGGAUGCACGUCUUUUCGGGCUCAGCGUCAAGUUCUUGAACCUUUUCUCAUGGUUUCGGGCUGUGCAUCGUGUGCUACCGAGACUGUUGCCGAUGCGUUUCAGGGGACCAGGCAAGUACAUUGCUUGCUAUGAUGCGGCUAUUGUUGUUGGGACGUUCGUAUCUCUCUGGGAAGUUGGAUACCCAGCAGGUUCUGGCAUCUUUGCUGGCUUAGUGGCUCUUCUGAUAUGGGUCGAGCGGUCCCUGGCACUUAGGAUGGCGAAACAUGGAGAACAAAACUUUGGUCGAAGACUUCUCAGUGGUAUCGGAAUGUUGGACUUCGAGGUCCUGACUGGGAAAGACCCCGAGGCGGUAACGCCGGAGAUGUGGAAGAAGACCAGUUAG